CGCGCAGGCCCCGCCCCUGGGAGCGAGAGGCUUCGCCCCCAGCCCGGCCUGCGCCCCCGGCGCGCGGAGAGCAGCGACGCCUGGAGGACGGCGCGCGGGAAACGGAGCGGGGCCUGGGCGGAAGGCGCCUGGCCGCCCGUCUAGCCCGCGCGGUCCUCCCACGUCUCUGUGGUCCGCGGAGGGGCGGGCCCCCCAGGCCCCCCCCCGGCCCCCCCCGGCCCCCCCCCCCGCCGUUGGGCCAGGACUGGGUGGGGCGGUGUCGCCUCGGCUCCUCCUCCUGCCACUCCUCCGCCUCCUCCCCUGCCCUGUCUCGCCCCGGGAGGGGUGGGAGGGGAUUCAGCGAGGGUGUCGGAGUCACGGUCGCGUCGGCCAGGAUUCCGAGCAGAGAGACGCGCCCGGUGCCCCGAGGAAGGGCACCAGCAGGGCAGGAACAGAGGAGAGGAAGAGACGCCCUCCGGGCCCAUCCCUUGCAGCUCCUGACCCAGGACUGGGGACUGACAAGUGCAGGCCGCGACCCUGGAGGGCCUGGCGCUCACCACGACCCCUGGGGUCCCAGCGCUGCCCCGUGGCCCUCAAGCGUCGGGCUCAGGGACCACAAGGAGGUUUCCAGUUGCCUAGACAACGAGCCUGGGGUCAGAGCAGCCGACCUGCCAACCAGCCGCCUCGGACACCAGUCCCACCCGGCCCAGGCAUCCAACCCAGGCGACAUGCAGGUGCUCUCCACCCCCCGGGGCUCCCGGGGAGCCAUGCUUAAGCGCACGGCGGUGAUCCUGGCCCUCACGGCCUAUGGAGCCCACAAAAUCUACCCUCUAGUGCGGCAGUGCCUCACCCCGGCCAGGGGCCCACAGGUGCCAGCGUCGGCCGCGGUGUCCACCCUGGAGGCCACGGCCACCAAAGCUGGUGUGAACCGGGUCUUCCUGCAGCGACUGCUGUGGCUCCUGCGCCUGCUCUUCCCCAGGAUCCUGUGUCGGGAGACCGGGCUGCUGGCACUGCACUCGGCUGCACUGGUGAGCCGGACUUUCCUGUCGGUGUACGUGGCCCGCCUGGACGGCCGGCUGGCCCGCUGCAUCGUGCGCAAGGACCCGAGAGCCUUCGGCUGGCAGCUCCUGCAGUGGCUCCUCAUCGCCCUGCCCGCCACCUUCAUUAACAGUGCCAUCCGCUACCUGGAGGGCCAGCUGGCCCUAGCCUUUCGCAGCCGGCUGGUAGCCCACGCCUACAGCCUCUACUUCUCCCAGCAGACCUACUACCGGGUCAGCAACAUGGACGGGCGGCUGCGCAACCCCGACCAGUCCCUGACGGAGGACGUGGUGGCCUUCGCUGCCUCCGUGGCACACCUCUACUCCAACCUGACCAAGCCACUGCUGGACGUGGCUGUGACGGCCUACACCCUGGUGCGGGCAGCCCGUUCCCGCGGGGCCGGCACCGCCUGGCCCUCGGCCAUCGCCGGCCUCGUGGUCUUUCUCACGGCCAACGUGCUGCGGGCCUUCUCCCCCAAGUUUGGGGAGCUGGUGGCUGAGGAAGCUCGGAGGAAGGGGGAGCUCCGCUACAUGCACUCUCGAGUGGUAGCCAACUCAGAGGAGAUCGCCUUCUAUGGGGGCCACGAGGUGGAGCUGGCCCUGCUGCAGCACUCUUACCAGGACCUGGCGGCCCAGAUCAACCUCAUCCUCCUCGAGCGCCUGUGGUACGUGAUGCUUGAGCAGUUCCUCAUGAAGUACGUGUGGAGCGCCUCGGGCCUGCUCAUGGUGGCCGUCCCCAUCAUUACGGCCACUGGCUACUCAGAGUCAGACUCAGAAGCUGUGAAGAAAGCGGCCUUGGAGAUGCGGGGGGAGGAGCUGGUGAGCGAGCGGACCGAAGCCUUCACCAUAGCGCGCAACCUGCUCACAGCGGCUGCAGACGCCAUUGAACGCAUCAUGUCGUCCUAUAAAGAAGUGACUGAGCUGGCUGGCUACACUUCCCGGGUGCAUGAGAUGUUCCAGGUAUUCCAAGAGGUCCAGCACUGCCGCUUCAAGAGGCCGGGGGAGCCAGAGGAGGUGCAGGUGGGGGCCAGGGCCGCGGUCAGGCCAGGCGUCCGAGUGGAGGGACCCCUUCAGAUCCGAGGCCAAGUGGUGGACGUGGAGCAGGGGAUUGUCUGCGAGAACAUCCCCAUCAUCACGCCCUCAGGAGAGGUGGUGGUGGCCAGCCUCAACAUCAGGGUGGAGGAGGGCAUGCACCUGCUCAUCACGGGCCCUAAUGGCUGUGGCAAGAGCUCCCUGUUCCGCAUCCUGGGUGGGCUGUGGCCCACGUAUGGUGGCAUGCUCUACAAGCCCCCGCCCCAGCGAAUGUUCUACAUCCCGCAGAGGCCCUACAUGUCCGUGGGCUCCCUGCGUGACCAGAUCAUCUAUCCCGACUCGGUGGCUGACAUGCGGAGGAAGGGGUACUCGGAGCAGCACCUGGAGGCCAUCCUGGACAUCGUGCACCUAAACCACAUCCUGCAGCGGGAGGGAGGUUGGGAGGCCGUGUGUGAUUGGAAGGAUGUGCUCUCGGGCGGGGAGAAGCAGAGAAUUGGCAUGGCUCGAAUGUUCUACCACCGGCCCAAGUACGCCCUCCUAGACGAGUGCACCAGUGCUGUGAGCAUCGAUGUGGAGGGCAAGAUCUUCCAGGCAGCCAAGGACGCGGGCAUUGCCCUGCUCUCCAUCACACACCGGCCCUCCCUGUGGAAGUACCACACACACCUGCUGCAGUUUGACGGGGAGGGAGGCUGGAAGUUUGAGAAGCUGGACUCGGCCGCCCGCCUGAGUCUGACAGAGGAGAAGCAGCGGCUGGAGCAGCAGCUGGCGGGCAUCCCCAAAAUGCAGCAACGCCUGCAGGAGCUCUGCCAGAUCCUGGGCCAAGGCCCCGGGGUGCAGGGCCCUGCUACCUGACCCGCUGUACCCCCCCUCCUCACCCCACCCCCAGCCCACGGAUUAUAUGAAGGAAACAGCACCACUGCCUGCCUGCCCACCCCCCACCCAAGCCCACCUCCUGAGCCGCCCUGCAUGCCUGUCCCCUCCUGGGCCUCCCCCUUGGGCCUUCCCGGCCUGAGGACUGCCAGGACCCGGGAGAGGUCCCCAGUCCCACCUCAGGCACCUCAGGCGAGUGGACACAGAGGAUCCUCCCCCACUUCGAGCCUUGUCCCCACCCUUGUGACUGUGACCCACUGGGAUAGCCAAGUCCUUUCUUUCCUCUGUGGAUGGGGAAGGGGCUCAGGAACCCUGGUCCUGACCCUGGAGCCUUGGAGGGAGCCUUAUCUGUGUGGCGCUGCCUCCCAAGAUUCUGAUCCCUGUCCCCCUCCUCUCGGUCCAGUCCUCCACUGUCACCUGUCAUGAGAGCCGCCACACAGGCCCUGGGGAUCGGCACGGUCCCUGGCACCUGCUCUCCCAUCCUCACCUGUCCCACAAGAUAAUUUAUUGGAUCCCUUGUAGCAGUGUGAUUGCCAGCACGCUCACCACCAGCAUGGCCAGGCCCGGCCAUACUCCUCCCGGGCCCGGCCUGCGGCCCCACCAGCCUACACUGCCAGCUGAGGGGCCCAGAUGCUGGGGCUGCUGGAAUGAGGGCACCAUUGCUCCCAGCUCAGUGCCAAAGAGGGGUCAUCCGGGCACUGUGUCUGCAAAGAGACCCCCGCCACCUGUGCCUUUCCCGGGGGGCACCCUCGAGCCAGGAGCUACCCCGGUCCCCUCAGUAAAAGCCUCCCAUGGAAAUUGC